GAAUUACGCGGCCUUGCACCUGCACGCUCUCCUGAUCAGCCAAGUAGUACUCCGGUGCUAUAUACGCCUUCUUCCCAGCCAGCCACCACCACACCUGCUCUGCCGAUUCCUCCCUACACGCCUAUCAGGCCUGCUUCCCGCCUCUCCUUUUCAUCUACUACUCUAGAUCCUCAUGAUGCUCAUGCCUGACAUCGCCAUGGCCCCCCACACCCUCCCCACUCAACACCAGUUUAAUCCCUACACAGAGAAUGGCGGCACCAUCCUGGCCAUUGCUGGUGCGGAUUUCUCUGUCAUUGCUGGCGACACGAGGCAGAGUGAGGGAUACAACAUCCAGACACGAUACGCGCCCAAGGUUUUCCGUCUCACUGAUCGCGCUGUCCUCGCUGUGAACGGCUUCGCAGCAGACGGAAACAUGUUCGUAAAGAAGGUUAAGCAGCGGCUAGAGUGGUAUCGCCACGCUCACGGUAAAGACAUGCCCCUACGCGCGAUCGCGCGUUUGAUCCAGACGAUGCUCUACGCUCGUCGUUUCUUCCCGUACUACGUGUACAACAUCCUCGGUGGCAUCGAAGAGGACGGAACGGGCGCCGUGUACUCUUUUGACCCCGUCGGCUCAUAUGAGCGUGAAGCGUGCCGCGCAGCAGGCGCCGCACAGUCACUCGUCCAGCCUUUCCUGGAUAACCAGAUCUACUUCAAGAACCAAACAGCCCCUCCGGACAGCGCACACCCGACGCAUCUGCCCCUACCUACGGUCCUCUCGAUCGUCAUCGACUCAUUCACCUCCGCAACUGAGCGCCAUAUCGAGGUCGGCGACGGUCUCGAGAUGUACAUUGUCCUCGCACGAGGACGCAAUCUCGCCGGGCUCGAGGGCAUCACUGGUAUGCAGGAGCUCACGACGACGCAGGACGGCGAGCGCGUGUUCGUCGUAAGACGGGAGCUGAAGAAGGACUGAAAAGAUCGCCUCCUUUCCCCUCGUUCUCCCGUUCCUUCCCUCCCAUCCGUCGCAUCCGCAUUUGACGGCGCCGUGCGAACCAGAAGAUGUUCACGAACGACGGCCGAAAUCAAUCUCGAUUCAUGUCAUUCAUUACGCGUUCGCAUCGUCGUUGACUCUGAGCGUGUAUGCACAGUACAUCCGUUUUUUUUUUCUUGACGACCAUAUACAUUGUAAUUUUUUCGUGGGCAAUGGACAUUCUCUCGCCAUCUGUACUUGGUCGUCUGGUACUUGUGAUCACACAUGCUAAUGGUCGACGUUUGCACAGGCCAUGACGGGAUGAUGAGGUCCAGUCUGUCGAAUCAUGCAUUCGUGAUUGGUUGUUUGUUGGUGUAGAAUACGACCUUGUUGCAUCUCACCGCGUAUGUCCUAAGCUGUGACCACGCGCAGGCGUCGUUCAUCCCACAAGGCCAGGGGUUAUCACUGUAUAUAUGUUCAUGUGUAUACAAAAUAUCGUGUAUUUAGCUACAGUACAUUCG